GCGUUUGGUAUACUGCGUGGACCUAAAGACCUUGAUCGACUUCAUCUCAAGUAAACCCUGAAGCACUGAUAAACACACGACUAAUAGAAGCAAGCUCAACAUGAACAACACCACCACAAAUAAAGACAUAUCUUCCAAAUUUCGAAAAUUCGUCUCAUGGCCUGUAGAGUAUCGGGUAACUGUUGGAAUCAUUGGAGUUGUAACGAUCCUCGCCAACUCGGCACUCAUCGCUAUUCUCUUUAGACAACGACGACAGAUGCUAAAAAAGCCUUACAACUUGGUCAUUCUUAAUCUCGCAAUUGUAGACGUACUCACAGGAAUAUUUAUGUUCGUCACGCCCGAUGUGAUCAUCAGCUAUGUUCACUACCCUUCUUCGAUGACAAAGUCAAGUGCGUUUUGUUACUUGGUUACAUCAGAUUAUUUGAUAGUAAUGCAAUCAAAGCUGUCCAUCGCACUAGUGACCUUCCUGGCUUUUAAUCGAUGGCUGUCAGUCAUACAUCCAUUCAAAUAUCGGGUGUACUUUUCGCGUAAACAUGCAAUCUUGUUCCUCGCUGUCAUUUGGGUCACACUUAUAGUUGUAUCAUUAAGAAGCCCUUUGAGAAUGAAGUUUGACAAAGGAAGAUGUUAUCGCGGGAAAAACUGGCCCUCUCCUUCGAUCUUAAUGGUKUGGAUGCUCUUCUACGUAGCGGUGACAUAUCUCAUUCCCAUCAUCCUUAGCUGGUUGAUGUUUGCUCAUAUAUAUUGCAAUCUUAGAAGAACCAGAAACGUCAACAGUUCAGGAAGUGCUGUGSUGAAGAAACRCAAGUCAAUUUUGCGCAUGUGCGUUGUGACUGCUCUCGUAACAACAAUCUGCUGGGCACCUGCGGAGAUCUUCCUGGUAAUUGCAGUGACUGGAACGGUUAACCUUCCACCCAAAGAAAGGCAAAAUAUCCAUAACGUAACGAAGUGCAUUGGUUUCUUUAACAGCUGCGUCAAUCCGUUCCUUUAUUGUUUAACUAAUCGCUAUUACAAAGACGAGUUUGCCAAGGCUUUUAAGGCCAUCUUUUGUCGUCAGAAAAUCAAUCCAGAUAACAGCCAGSAACAAGAUGGUCGUUAAAUGAAGUUAACAGAGUUAACAUGCUUACAUACACCAUUUAGGUGCAUGUUCUGCCAAUAGGAUAAAGAUGUUGCAAGCCUGCAAGGCCAUUUAUAUGCUUUCUCUAUGAACAUAUUAUUGUGACAAUGUUAAUGUCAUUAAAACAUUAAAAUGUUUUCGCGCCCAAACAACACCUGGUAUGUUGAAUGUAAAUAUGCGAAGUGUAAGAAAAGAGGAAGCAAGUCUCUAUGUUCACCUGUGUUCAUGGACGUSUUAUUGGAUAUAACAGUAGAUUGCUAUCAGGUGGUAAAAUGUAUAUGAAUCCUUAAUUAAAUUUUACUACUAUUUGCCAAAUGUAAAAAUAAUCUCAAUGCAGCUGG